AUGCAGGCUCGAUCUCUCCAAUUCGUCGACCACAACUCGAAUUAUAGGCGGCAUUCGAAAAGUUCACAAUUGGCCUAUGCGCUACUGGAACCUCCCGACCUCCCAGUGUUUUGGAAUCAUCGCUUCCGUUUUUGGUCCGAGACUCACGACAGCUUCAGCUUCGACUUGUGGUUUUGCAGCCUCCCAAGCAACACUGUACAGCAUUGUGGUGGGGUCAUCUACGGCGCUCAGGCUAGUCGCGUGUCGAAUCACCUUCACCAACGCUGCAUUUCUGAGCAAUUUGCUCUGGUUGACGCGGAGAGUAAUUUGUACUGCUCGGUGCUCAACGAGAAGCGAGAAGUUCAUCGAGUGACGCCCAACCGCUGGUAUCAUUUGGCACUUACGUACAACGUGAAACUUCAGCGUCAGGACGUUUACGUUGACGGAGGGCACGUGUGGGAGGCGUUCGGAUCGUUGAGUGACAAGUGGCAAAGGUGCAAGUAUGAACAGGUUGGCGCUUUGGGUUGGGUUUGUGUGUGA